CCAAACACCGGUAAAUUAAAUUUCAGAACAUGGCGAAUUCACUAUGCAGUGUGUGUAUUAUUAUCCUACACAUUUGCUUAACUGUACUCGCAGGGAGAGAUUUCUACAAGAUCCUUGGUGUACCCAAAUCGGCAACAAAGAACCAAAUCAAGAAAGCAUAUCGUAAGUUGGCCAUGCAGUAUCAUCCAGACAAGAAUCCAGACAAUGAAGAAGCGGAAGAGAAGUUCAAAGAUUUAGGUGCAGCUUACGAGGUUUUAUCAGACGACGCCAAGAGGAAACAGUAUGACAGACAUGGUGAGGAAGGAGUGAAGGAACAAGGACAUGGCGACCCAUUCUCAAGUUUUUUUGGUGAUUUUGCUCAUUUUGGCUUUGGAGGUCAGCAACGGAACCCCGAGACACCUCGAGGUGAUGACAUAACAAUGGAUCUACCUGUAUCGCUAGAAGAACUUUAUACCGGAAAUUUUGUAGAGGCUGUAAGAUAUAAACCAGUGGCACAUACUGCACCGGGUACCAGGAAGUGUAACUGUAGGCAAGAGAUGCGAACACAUCAAUUGGGACCAGGGAGAUUUCAGAUGACGCAGCAUGAAGUGUGUGACGAGUGUGCAAGAGUCAAGUUGGUGAAUGAAGAAAAGUUGCUCGAGAUUGAGAUUGAGCCCGGGAUGAGGGACGGUCAGGAUUAUCCAUUCUUGGCAGAAGGGGAGCCUCAUAUAGAUGGUGAACCUGGUGACCUCAGAUUUAGAAUUAUUGCAGAAAAGCACAAUCGUUUUGAACGUAGAGGUGAUGAUCUAUACACCAAUAUAACGAUAUCACUGGUAGACGCCUUAGCUGGUUUUACAAUGGAGAUUCCUCAUCUAGAUGGCCACAAGGUCAAAAUCAGCCGAGAGAAGGUGACAUGGCCCGGUGCUAAGAUGCACAAACAGGGCGAGGGCAUGCCUAAUUAUGACAACAACCACGUCAAAGGAAUGCUCGUCAUUACGUUCGAUGUGGACUUUCCUAAAGGAGACUUUACUACAGAGGAAAAACAACAUAUAAAAAAUCUACUGAAGAAAGGAGCCAAACCCAAAGUCUACAACGGUCUUCAAGGGUACUGAUGUGGGAUUUUUUUAUUAGCAAAAAGUUUCGUAGAUUUAUUGAUUUGAUUAACUUGUGUUAAAAAAAGACAGCCAUCUUGAAAAAGUUUGUGAACAAACUCACCGGGAUCCUUAGUUAUAUUUGAAGGCUGUGUGAAUACAACUGGCUUCACACUUGGGUUUGAACAAGCUUUUUUUGGUUUACAUGUAUGGCAAUUGAACAUUUAUUCAUCUGUUUCAAAUUAAUGUCUAACCACACUGAAGGUUAGUCAGGUUCCUUUAUGAGCGAGUUGAGAUUAGUGUUAACGAUUGCUAUUGUGUACAGACCCCAGAUUUCUACAGGAAGACACGGUUAUUGCAGUAUUAUUAGGAAUAUUUUUUUCCAUUUUUUUUUUUAAUCUCAAAAUAUCUGUGAUUAUUACACAACUUUCCCAAUAUACAUGUACAUGUAUAUUUUCAGAUGACUGUUUCUUGUUCUGUAUGUUUUAAUGUUUCCAUCACUAGUUUUAUUUCAUGUAUCACAAAAAAAAGUCAUUUUGUAUACAAGAAUUUGUCCUUGCGCGAUCCAAAAAAACACCAAGGUAUUAAAUUUAGGGUUGUUGAAAAAGGUAUACAAUAAUGCACAAGUCUUUGGUUGUCAUUUUAUGAAAUAUUUGUUAGGUUUGUAUUGGCUUCACACAGCAACUCUGCUUUAAUGAAGACUGCACAUAAAGUCAUUUAAUUUUUGUUGUAAACAGCGACAUUGAUAAAGCAGCAAACGGGCUUCCCCCCAUUUGUUUCACUCUACAAAUUGCUUUUUCCUGGAAGUGUAAUGCCAUGGCAACUUUUGCAGAUGGCAUUACUUUUUGCAGAGUGCAACUAUCUUAUCUCAAGUCCUUUUGUGAGUGUUCAUCUUCCCAACAAUAGAAACAAAAUCUGCUUUACUGAGCCUCACUUGCUUAUUUGUUGUAAAUGAAAAGACACCGGUAGUAAUUUAUAAUGAAACAUGAAUAAACGGAGAACCAUCUCCAGUACUUGACAAACAU